UACCGAUCGGAAAUAACACGCCACUGCAAUUUCUCCGAGUCACGCUACAACAGUAGCUCUCUGCAAUUCGCACAUACAGACACCGAUCCUUCCAACCUCACAAUAGCAGCAGCUACGCGCGAGGCUUCUUCCCCUCCCCCACCCCCCAUCACACCGACCCAAAGGUCGACGACAAAGAUGGUGGGGGCUCGGAACAUGGGAUCCAAUACUCCCACCACGAGCGCUGUUCUCUUCCCCGGUGGCUAUAUAUAAGUAGCAACGUGGAGUGACGAGUGGGAAUAGACAAAGGAAAUGGCGUGCUCCUUCCCGGUCCUCGACUUGGAGAAGCUCCGUGGAGAGGAGAGAGAGCAGGCCAUGGACCUCCUUCGUGACGCUUGCGAGAAAUGGGGCUUCUUUGAGCUGCUCAACCAUGGGAUCUCGCAUGAGCUGAUGGACGAGGUGGAGAGGCGGACCAAAGCGCACUACGAGCAAUGCAGGGAGCAAAAGUUCAAACAGUUGGCGUGCAAGGCUCUCAAGAGCGGACCCGGGACGGAUGUCACCGACAUGGACUGGGAGAGCACCUUCUUCCUGCGCCAUCUCCCCGCCUCCAACAUGUCCGACUUCCCAGACAUGGACGAGGAGUACCGGUACCGCUUCGAUUUCCUUCGUUACAGCGCACCCCCCACCACCAUCGACUGUAGUCUGCCCCGACUAACCUUCGCCUUCAGGAAGGCGAUGAGGGAAUUCGCGACGGGGUUAGAGAAGCUGGCGGAGCGUCUUCUCGAUCUGCUCUGCGAGAACCUCGGCCUGGAGGAGGGUUACCUCAAGAACGCCUUCUACGGAUCCAAAGGUCCGAACUUUGGCACCAAGGUGAGCAACUACCCGCCAUGCCCUCGCCCGGAGCUGAUCCACGGCCUGCGAGCCCACACCGACGCCGGCGGCAUCAUCUUGCUCUUCCAAGACGACCGCGUCAGCGGCCUCCAGCUUUUCAAGGAUGGCCAGUGGAUCGACGUGCCGCCCAUGCACCACUCCAUCGUGGUCAACCUCGGAGAUCAGAUAGAGGUGAUCACGAACGGCAAGUACAAGAGCGUGCUGCACCGGGUGGUGGCUCGGAGCGACGGCAACAGGAUGUCGAUCGCCUCCUUCUACAACCCGGGCGGCGACGCCGUCAUCUACCCCGCGCCCUCCCUGGUCCAGAAGGAAGCGGAGGCGUACCCGAGGUUUGUGUUCGAGGACUAUAUGAAGCUCUACGUCACGCAAAAGUUUCAAGCGAAGCAGCCCAGGUUUGAAGCAAUGAAGGCCACGGUAACAGUCAAUGGCCAACCUACGCCUACACCUUAGGACACCACGACGUCUCACGUGGAGAUGCCACCAUCUAUUAGAAUGUGGCAUCCAAUUGUGGAAAUAAUAAGCGAAGCACUAUGAACGUGGCUUUUUUUAGUCUCGAGGGUUAUGUCGUCGAUCCAAUUUUCCACUUCUUUGCCAACACUAUUUUCUAAUUAAAUAUAUCAAUGUCGAAUAGCUCUAA